ACCUUUGCUUCACUGCAUUCAUAGAACUACCAUCCCACAACUAUACAUUUUCUUCUUCCAAUGGCCACAGGCGCAUCAGUUUCGUCUUUGAUCGGAUCCACGGCGGUGCAUUUAGGCAGAAUUCGGGUUCUAAAAGAGGGAUUAGGACAACUUUCUCAACAGUCUAAUGAAACCGGCCCAGUUGUAUAUUGGAUGUUUAGAGAUCAACGGUUGAGAGAUAACUGGGCAUUGAUUCAUGCUGUUGAUCAAGCCAACAAACUUAAUGUUCCUGUUGCGGUUGCGUUUAAUUUGUUUGAUUCGUUUUUAGGUGCUAAAGCUCGUCAGUUGGGGUUUAUGUUAAGAGGGUUACAGCAACUUCAUCGCGAUAUCGAAGAUAAUCUUCAUAUUCCUUUCUUCUUGUUUCAGGGAGAAGCUACUGAAACUAUUCCGAGUUUUGUUGAAGAAUGUGGAGCUUCCCUUUUGGUUACCGAUUUCUCACCUUUAAGGCAAGUUCGAGGCUGGAAAGAAGAAAUAACCAAAAGGGUACCUGAUUCUGUAUCGAUUCAUGAAGUCGAUGCACAUAACAUUGUACCCAUAUGGGCGGCAUCAGACAAGUUGGAAGAUUAUGCUAGAACCAUUAGACCAAAAAUCUAUAACCAGUUUCCUGACUAUCUGACUGAAUUCCCAAUAAUAAAGCCUCGGACAAGGAAAUGGGUUGCCCCAAAUCGAGUUAUUGACUGGGAGAAUCUUAUUGAAAGUGUAGUAAGGGAAGGUGCUGAAGUUCCUGAAAUCGAUUGGUGUGAACCAGGAGAAAUUGCCGCUUUAGAAACAUUAAUGGGUAGUAAGACUGGUUUUUUAGCAACUAGAUUAGAGAACUACGCUGCAGACCGGAAUAACCCUUUUAAACCCAAAGCAACUUCUGGUCUUUCUCCGUAUUUGCAUUUUGGGCAGAUAUCAGCCCAACGUUGUGCCCUUGAGGCACGUAAACUGCGCAAAGUUUAUCCACAGGCAGUUGACAAAUUUUUGGAUGAACUGGUCGUGUGGAGGGAACUAGCUGAUAAUUUCUGCUAUUACGAGCCUCAUUAUGAUUCAUUUCAUGGUGCAUGGGAUUGGGCUCGGACAACACUUUUAGACCAUGCUUUUGACAAACGUGAACGUAUAUACACAAUUGAGCAGCUGGAGAAGGCACAAACUGCAGAUCCUCUCUGGAAUGCUUCUCAGCUAGAGAUGGUUCAUUAUGGGAAGAUGCAUGGCUAUAUGCGAAUGUAUUGGGCAAAAAAGAUUCUUGAAUGGACGAGCAGCCCGCAAGAAGCUGUAGAAAUAGCAGUCUAUUUGAAUGACAAGUAUCAUAUUGAUGGGAGAGAUCCAAACGGGUAUGCUGGUAUAAUGUGGUCAAUCUGUGGUGUACACGAUAAUGGUUUUCAAGAGCGACCCGUCUAUGGUAAGAUACGAUCCAUGACCUAUGCGGGGUGCAGCAGGAAAUUCAAUGUUGAUGGAUACAUUACUUAUGUGAAGAAGUUAGUAAGAGCUGUCAAGAAACAAAAAGAGGAAAUCUUGCUUAAUAGCAAAGCAAAACAACCCGCUAUACCCAAUUAAGUUACUGUAAUUCUUCAAAUUAAAUACUAGGCAUUCGUUUUGUUAUAGAGUAAGCAAAACUGAAAAAGGUAAAACAAAGUUCGCACAAUGCAAAAUUUGUAGUAUUGACAUACAUCUAUGAUCUAUGUACUAUGUUAUUUCAUUCUUGACCAA